AAUACUAAAUCCCUCCAAUCAACAUUACAUGAUUACAAUAUUUUAAUUUAUUUAAUUAAAAUCGCUUGUGAAAAGAAACAACAUUUGAGCUUCUCUUACAUUAGAUCUCAUCUUAUUCAUACUUUGAUUGUUGUUAUUGGCGACUCUCUUUCUUCUUCUGCCAUGGACGCUCUGAGGAAACAGGCCACCAAGUUUAGGGACCAAGUUGCCAAACAACAGCAGUUUCACGGUUUAAUAAAGCAGUUCAGCAGCAGCGGAUAUGAGAGCUCAGAUGUUGUUGUCAUUGAUGAGGUUGAAAUGCAGAGACAUCAACAACUUGAAAAGCUCUAUAGGGCCACUCGUUCUGGCAAGGACUUCCAGAAGGAAAUUGUUAAAGCGGCAGAAACAUUUACAGCCAUAGGUUUUAAGCAUAUUGAAGCAGGAACAAAACUUUCUGAGGAUUGCUGUAAAUAUGGAGCAGAGAACAACAACACUGACAACAUAUUGGCUAAGGCAGCAUCAGUAUAUGGUGAUGCUCGCAAACAUGUAGAAAAGGAGCAAGAUGAAUUGAAUCGGCUUUUAUCUUCCCAGGUUUUGGAUCCUUUGAGAUCAAUGGUCAAUGGUGCACCUUUGGAGGAUGCUCGCCAUCUUGCUCAACGGUAUAGUAAGAUGAGGCAAGAAGCAGAGACCAUGAGGGAGGAAAUUUCUAGAAGACAAGCACGGAUUAGGGAAUCUCCUACUGCUGAACAAGUUGCAAAACUCCAUGCUACUGAAGCAAAGAUGCAAGAGCUGAAAGCAAACAUGGCAAUUCUGGGUAAAGAAGCUGCAGCUGCACUGGCAGCUGUUGAGGCACAGCAGCAGAGACUGACAUUUCAAAGGCUCGUUGCUAUGGUUGAAGGAGAAAAGACCUUUCAUUUAAGAGUUGGUGCUAUUCUAAGUGAAAUUGAAGCUGAGAUGGUCUCAGAGAGACAGAAGAAAGAAUCUGCCCCUCCAGUGGUUAUACCCGAGAAUGGCACAGAGAAAACAAUGUACUUCUUGGCUGAAGCAAUGCAUUCUUUUAGUGCUGAAUCAGAAAAGGAGUUGAGCUUUUCAAAGGGUGAUUUCAUUGUUGUGCGAAAGGUAAUCCCAUCCGGGUGGUCAGAAGGAGAAUGCAACGGCAGAGCAGGGUGGUUUCCGUCUGCAUACGUCGAGAAACGACAAAGAAUACCCUCCACAAACUUGGCUGGUGAAGUUUACUAGUUUCUCCUUCUUGUGCCAAGCCAUUCUUUGCUUUGUUUCCAAUAUAUAGUUCAGCACCCAAUUGUCCAAAGAAGACAAAGCAAAAUUGGAUGCAGGUUGAGGUUCCUGUUCCUACUGCCUAAAUGUGAAGUGAUUGAUUCUAAGUGUUAAUUUUUAGUUAUUACAACAGAAAAGGGUAAUUUAUAUGUAACCUAUCCUCUUUCAAAGUUGGACAAAGCGGUGGUGCUUAAAGUUGAUUCAUUUUUCUUUUCUGGUGGGGUGACAGACACUACUUUACCUUUUCUUUUUUUACCUUUUGUAAUUGAUUUGGGUAACAUAUGUGUCUUUAUUGAUAAUCAUGUCUGGAUCUUGCUUAAUGAUAUUGGUAGAACAAGGAUCAUAGGAUUGCUGGAUUGUGUUUCUAAUGA